AUGAACCAUAAUAAUACAACUCAUAGAAGAACUUAAUCUAAUAAUGAUAUCCAACAAAUAAUUUGUGCUAGAAUUGCUGGUUUAGUUGAAGAUGAAUAUUAACAAUAGAAACUUGAUCCCAAAAGAAUCAAUCUAGGAUCAACUCUGUUUCAAAUUCCUGAAUAGAACGAUCUCAUUUCAUCAGUUGAACAAACCAAUGAAUCAUCUAAACAACAUUCCUAAUUGAUCAAAGAUGUAAAUUUAUCCAAUCUGAAACCCAAUCAACAAUAAGACAAAGAAAAUUUUAAAAACCUCUCCUCUUGUUCUGCUCUCAUAAACCAAAUCCAAUAAAUAGUCAAGUCUGGAUCGAAUAAUAAAGAGUCUCUAUCAAAAAAACCAUUCACUUCAAUUAAUGAAGUCAUAAACAAAAAAUGUUCAACUCAAACUUAGAUGAGUUUUACCUAAGAACUCUUGAAAAAAUAAGGAUCUAACUAUCUACAACAGUAACAAGGAUAAACACUUAAAUAAAAUGUUACUCCCGACAGAAAAAGAGGUCCUUCUUAUAGUAAUAAACCCACAAAUCAAAAAUAGCAGAAUGACUCUACGCCAAAUGAAAUGUCAGGGACUGAUUAUCUUAAAAGCAACUGUUCCAUUUCUACUUUCAAUAACCUUAUUAGAUAAGACCAAAAGAACUCUAAUUUUGAAGUCUGUGAUUCUUAUAGAAAUCUUGAACUCAAAAUGAAAAAAAUUGAACAAGAAAUUAGCACCAUUAGAUAAAGGCAGGAUCAUCUCGAUGAAACCAAUAGAAAUAUUCAAGAUCAACUAAAAGAGUUUAUAAAUGAUAACAAAUAGUAAUAAGAAUAUGAUUCUAAACAAUUAGAGAAAAUAGAACAACUUGAACAAAUCACAAGAAGAAAUGAAGAAUCAAUAGCCUGUCUCAAGAAUCUUUUGAUAAACAAUAAUGCCAAUCAAAAAAGAAAUGAUUAAAACAACAUCAAUCUUGGAAAUAAAUAAUAAUUUGAUAACACUGACUUAUAGAAGAAAUUUGUCGACUUUAGACCUCUGAAUCAUAAAGUAUUUUGA